UAGAUCGAAGAGUACCCUUGUCGCACACUAUUGCUUUCCUUGUCUAGCGUUCAUCAUUAGAUAAGGAAGGCACUAACGUGCGACAAGGACAGACAUAUAUGCGCGGUAUACAAGGACAGACUAAUACAGGUGAUAGACAAGGAGAGUGAUAGUGUGCAACAAGGAUUUAUUUUACGUACGCAGUACAAUAAUAUACGAUAAUAAAGUUUAACUUCAUCGUUUAUGCGAUGCUAACAUUGUCGAUGAACUUUUCAUUCGGGAAAAAAAAUUGAUCAAGGAAAUUAAUUUAUGAACUUUCGCAGUUGCAUCAUUGUAAUUAAAUUUUCAACUUUUUUCGUGUAUUGCAUUUAACCUAUGGAUAGAUAUUUGCAGAUUUGUAUAUUCUAGUCAGUAGAUUGAACGACUUUACGUUGAAAUUGAAAAAAUAGAAUGAAUUUUAUUUUUUCACAUGAUUAAUUUACAUUUUACGUCGAUUUAUUUUAUAUUUGCUUUGAACUAUGUCCACGUGCAUAUAGGAUUCACAUUUCGAACGUAGAUUAUAAAAGAUUAAACAUCGUUUACAUGAAUGUUUAUUUAAUUAAAACGUUUUCAAGAGCUAACCAUGAAUCAGGUUCCGCUGUACAUAAAGUAUAAAAAUUUAUUGUGAAGAAAUUCAACAAAUUUGAAAUAUGAUGCAAUAUUCAUUAAUUCAAAUUGACAUGUGAAGCAUUCACACAUUUAGUAUGCGGUUUCACUUCUGUAAUGUAAUAAAUACACAGUUUUAAAAUUCAAAUGGUUUACACAGCCGUUAAUAAUAAGAUUUUUCUUUAUCUUAUGUUAUUAUUAUAAAGUGAUUUAUCGGCUGAAAUAUAUUCUUUAUAAUUCUUCAUUAUAAUAAAUAUCUAAUUCUAUGUGAACUUAUUAAUUUUAUGUCGAUAUAAUGGCUAUAAGUGCAUCUUUUCAUCGAAAUGUACUUUUAUUAUCUCAAGUUAUUCAACCUAGUGAUGAGUUGAAAAAAUACUUUCGCGAGGGAAUGUUUGACAAACCCAACACAGCAGGUUUUCUACACAUUUCACAUUAUUUAUUGACAGUAUAUGAUUCAGAACGUUUCAAGAAGCUAAUUGAAUGGCCUGUACUUUGUAAAAAGACCGAAGCAAAGUAUCGUAACAAUGUCAAAGAUUAUUUAAUAGUUAUAUCUGCAGAAAAUCCUGACAUCGGUUUUCCAAAUAUACAUAUGUCUCACUUAAUUCAUGCAGGUGGAAGUAAAUUUACAAUCAUUAUGUGGAAAUUAUCUCAAGUAGUUACAAGAAGAUAUAUUAUGCGAGAAACUACUUACAAUGUUAUAUUUGCACCACAAAUAGGAAAUAAAGGAAACAUAACAAAACAAUUUUUACAAGAAACUAAUAUAAAAAUUAAUUGCAAUAUUUUAAGUCAGCAUAAAAAUUUAUCUAAAAUGAAGGAUUUAACUAAAUCUGUUAUAGAGAAAGAAACACAAACACUAGAUAAAAUUAUAGCAGAAAUUUUUGAAAAAGAACUAUUAAUUGGAAAUCUCUCACAAACAGCACCCGUACAUGAUUCAAUUAAGAAAUAUUUGAGAGAUAUAAAUAAUGAAGAAAUAAUAAAAACAUGGAAAAUGAAUAUAAGUAAAAAUUUGAAUCAAUUCCAUAUGCAAAAUAAAGCUUUAAAAGGUAUAGAACAACUUGUUUAUAAAGUUAAUAAUAUAAUAAUAAAUAAUAAUAGUGACAUUAAAAUAUUCAAUGCAAAACAAUUACAAAAAAUAAAUCAUUUGGAAAUAUCAGAAUUAUUCCCUCCAAAUAUGCAAUGUCUUCUAUUUCGAUUAUAUAAAGAUGAUAAAUUAAUGUUAAAUAAUUUUAUUUUAUUACUUAAUUUCUCCCUUACUCAGUUGCAAAAACGACUGAAAUUAAAUAUAUUAGAAGACUUCUCAGAAUGUUUAUUACAAAUAGAAGCUAGUUACAAAGAUAUAAAAGCAGCAUUCAAUAUAAUACAAACAUAUUUAGUAGAAAUUACCAAAAUGAUAUCUGAAACACAAGAUAUUGUAUGUCAAAAAAUAACACAAAUUCAUGAUGAUGAUGUAUUACCCAUGAUGAAUAAUAUAGUCAUUAUGUCAUCACCUCUUAUUAAAAUUGAUACAAAUUGUAGUGAUGAAGGAAAUAAUCUUCAGAAACGACUACAAUUAACUCCAGUAGAAGCUCCACAUAAAUCACUAUUUUUAAGAUAUAAACGUUUGAAACAAGAUUAUGCAUCACAUGGAUCAAAAUUAAGAGGAAAUUUAUUAGUAUCACGAAUCAAUUUUGAAGAUUCAAUGACAAAUAUAAAUCAUGAACUACCAUCUUUACACAUGAAUAUGAUGUUAUCUAAAAAAAAUAUAUUGUCUUCCAAACAAGCAGAAAAAUAUUCACGAUUAUUUUCGACUCGUAUGAAAAAAAAUAAUGUAGCAGCAGCAAAUUCAAGCAUAGCAUCUGUACCUUGUUCUUCAAAAGCAAAUUCCACAGUGCUUACAAAUGCAAUUGAAGAAAUGCAUGAUAUAUCAGAAUUUAGUCUAAACACUUCAACAAAAAGUCUCUGUAACAUAAAUGCAGAAUUUGCUACUCCAGAAAAAUUGACUGCUAAACAAGAUAAGUCUGAAAAUAUGUUAGAAAUGGAAGAUAUAGCAAAUGACUUUCUAAAUAAAGCUAAUGUGCUUGAUAUAUGUGAAACAAUAGAAACAGGAAUUAAAAAUAAUGGUAAUAACAUCAAUAAAACUAAGCAAAAUAGACAUUACAUUGGGGAUUUAGUCGCACGUUAUAAAAAAGUAGUUGAAAGAAGGAAUCGUACAUCAAGUCCAAAAAUUAGUUAUGUAGAAUAUGAUAACAAAGAGUUGUAAGAAUUUACAAUUUAUAUUGUAAAAGUGACUAUUUACAAACAUGUAUGCAAAGAAAUACAUUUUUAUAUUUUU